AUGAAGUUGCCAUCGUCUCCUUUAAUGCUGCUGGCCGCUGGUCGCCUGAGUGUUGCAGCGUCUGUCUUUUCGCUCGACUCUGAUGACGAAAUUAAAAAGUCAGCCAGCAUACUGGCCUGGGACAUGCUUCAAUAUUAUCACGGCAACGAAUCCGGAGGCACGCCCGGAAUCCUUCCCGGACCGCCGCCGGCCGGCGACUAUUAUUGGUGGGAAGGCGGAGCCAUGUGGGGCACCCUCAUCCAGUAUUGGGCCUUGACUGGCGACUCGACUUACAACAACAUCAUCAUGCAGGCCAUGCAGUUCCAGGUCGGAGAGGGCCAGGACUACAUGCCGCGUAAUGUGACGGCCUCUCUGGGGAACGAUGACCAGGCCUUCUGGGGCAUGGCUGCCAUGCUGGCCGCAGAGAAUAAGUUUCCCGACCCCCCAGCCAACCGCCCUGGAUGGCUUGGCCUUGCGCAGGCCGUCUUUAACACGCAGGCGAGUCCUCAGCGACACGACAGCACAUGUGGCGGAGGACUUCGAUGGCAGAUUCCCUUUACUAAUAAUGGUUAUGGCUAUAAAAAUAGCAUCGCCAACGGCUGCUUCUUCAACAUGGCGGCCAGGCUUGCCCGCUACACAGGAGACACCAAAUACUCCGACUGGGCAGAAAAGACGUGGGACUGGGUUGAGAAAACCGGCUUCAUCGAUCCUAAAAACUAUGCCAUCUAUGACGGGGCCAACGUUGCCCAUCAGUGCAAGGACAUCAACAAAGUCCAGUACUCGUACAACAACGCCAUUUUCGCCGAGGGCGCGGCGUUUAUGUACAAUAUCGCAAGUCUCUCCCUUUAUUGA